AUGACUCCUCCCAUCGCCAAAAGCAAGCGUGCUGCCAAGGGCUCUGGACCUGGUAAGUCCACCAAGGCCAACAAGGUCAAAAAGGAAGUUGAAUUGGUUGUGACCACUGGCGAAGCUUGUGAAGCUGGCAAUACCGAGUUUGCCCCAGAGACUCCGUCCACCACCCUUAAAAGCAACAAGCGUGGAGCCAAAGGUUCUGGAUCUGGCGCCAAAGGUGCCAAGAUCGUCAAGGAAGUCGAGCCAAUUCUGACUCCCAAGGACGCCACUAACGUCGAGAAGAACCUUCUCUGGCUUUGGGCUUACUACAAGACCUCUUCCGAUGCCUCUCCCAGCCACGUCAUGAUUUCGAAGUGUCUGGAUAUUACUUCGAGUGUGUCGAAGCAUCGCUUCAAUGCUGUCAAGCUCAGCAUCGAAGGUAUCCAGAAACGCGCUGAGGAGAAGAUUUUGGAGGAAGUUGGAAAUGAGGAGCAGGGACGCGAUGAGGUUCAGGAAAAACAUGGAAGCCAGGGAGACAAGAGAGGCAAGGGAGGCAAGGAUAUCGAGUAUGAGGCUGACGUGGAGGAUUCAGCUCACCAGAUUGAGGCUUAG